CAUCACACACACCUCGCCUCGCCACCACCAUGGCCUUCCGCGACCGCUCGGGGCCCAUGGACGUCGACGCCAGCGACCCCAUGGCGCGGCUCGCAGACUAUGCGCUGCAAGACGACGGGCCGGCGCGCAAGCGCAUGCACGCCGACGGGCCCGGCGCCAGCCCGUUCACCACCCCCUCCCAGACGCCGGGGUUCCGCUUCGGGCCCAACACGCCGUUCCUGUUCCACGCACCGCCGCUGCCCCCCGCGCAGAAGUUUGAACCGUACGACCCUACACGGUGGGCGCGGACCGACUUUGGGUUCGGGCCGCGCGCGGCCGAGGUCGCGGCAGAGGAAGACGUGGAUAUGAGCUUUAGCUUAGGCGGCGUGCCGGACAGCCCCGCGCGGCCAGCGGCGAUGGCGGCGGCGGCGGCAGCGGCGUCAUCGUCUUCCACGCCGGCCAAGGCAGCGGCACCUAAACCUGCACCCAAGGCCGAGGAGGAGGCGACCACCGCAUCACCAGAACGCAAGAUCGCCACCGGCGCACUCACACGUGUGCGCCGCAGACGCCAGGAGUGGACGCGUAGACGGAGGUACGACUCGGACUCGGACGGCGACGAGGACGCAGACGCACCCGUCGCUGUUGCCAGGCGCCAGGAGCACCACUACAACUUCAACAUUCCUGCGCCAGCUGUGCGGCACUCGGAGAUCCCAGCCAUCCUCCUUGGCUACGUGCAGCUCGGGUUCAACCUCUCGCUCCUCGCAUUCUUCCUGUACAUUGCGCUCCAGUUCAUCCUCGCGGUGCGCCGCGACGUGCAGGAGCGGAUCGACGAGGUAUCAGUCGAGAUCCUGCAGGAGAUUGCAGAAUGCUCGGCGUUGUACCUCAAGAACCGCUGCGAGCCAGAGUUCCGCGUUCCAGCAAUGGAAAACGCAUGCUACGCAUGGGAGACGUGCAUGAACCGCGAUCCGGCCGUUGUUGGCCGUGCGCGCGUCGGCGCCGAGACUUUCGCCGGGGUCAUCAACUCGUUUGUCGACGCGAUCAGCUGGAAGACGAUGCUGUUCACCGUCACGACGCUGUCGCUCCUCAUCAUCUUGACCAACAGCGCGCUCUUCAACCUGCGCGCAAAGCACCAGACAACGCCGCCGCCACCGGUGCACCCGCCGCCGCACCUCCCGGGCAUGAUGUACCCAUCAGGCUACAUGCCCCUGCACGGCGGCCAGGCGCCACACGGGGGCGGCGCGCUGCCCCACCAGCAGCAGCAGCUGCCGCCGCACCUCCAGCCGCCACCCGCGCCCGAGCCCAGCGGCGUGGGCAAGGCCCUUGGAUGGUUUGGGAAGAAGUAGGACGUGUUAUUCAUAUGCAUUGCAUUGGUGUG